AUGAGUAUACAGCUUCCACCUUCCUCCUCCGAGGGCUCGGUGGCAGAGGGCCACCACCCCCCCCCCCCGCCGCUGAUGAAGAAGCACAGCCAGACCGACCUGGUGAGCAGGCUGAAGACACGCAAGAUCCUGGGGGUCGGCGGGGAGGACGAUGAUGGCGAGGUCCAUCGCUCAAAGAUUAGCCAAGUACUGGGAAAUGAAAUCAAGUUUGCUGUCCGGGAACCACUGGGGCUCAGGGUCUGGCAGCUGGUUUCCGCCAUCAUGUUUUCCGGGGUCGCCAUCAUGGCCCUUGCGUUCCCUGACCAGCUCUACGACGCUGUCUUUGACGAGGAAUCGGUGAGCAGCAAGACUCCCAUCCGGCUCUAUGGAGGAGCCCUCCUCAUUACCACUGUCUCCCUGGUUGAGAGUAGCCGGAUAGCCACAGGUGCCGUGCUCCUCCUGGUCAGCCGAGCCCUCUUCGUCCUCAUCAGCAUUUAUUAUUAUUACCAAGUUGGACGCCGUCCCAAGAAAGUCUAA